AUGGCAGAGCUCUUAGGUUACGAGAAGUUGGCUGUGCUAAAUGAGACAAGCGCAGAUUCAGCAAAGGCGAUGCUGGUGUUGUUCAGCAAAGGGAAGGAUGGUGUUAAGGUACACAUGGACAGUGUUGAUUCCAAAUACAUGGAUUUUCUGAAUGGAGUUGGAGCCAAGGGAGCAGCAGGGGAGACUUAUGUGUAUCUUGGAGAAGACAAGAAGAUGGUGGUAUUUGUGGGGCUUGGAUCGAUUGAUGAAGCUGAAGAUGAGCUUGAGGUAAAGAAUGUGUCCAGGAAGGCAGGCGCACUUGCAUACAAGGCUGUUUCGCAUCUGAAGGAUGUCGAGAUUGCACUGAGUUCUGAAAUGAUGUGUAAGGAGGUUGUGUCUGGGAUAGUUCUUGCAUCAUAUAAGUACGACUUUUUGGACUCUGAAGAAAAUAAAGGAAAGAAAGUAGCGAUCAAUUGUAAGUGCCCGAAGAUUGAAAAGGCAAUAACGAUUGGAAAUGCUCAAAACUUUGCAAGGUUUCUGGGAGACACGCCUGCAAAUCUUAUGAAUCCAACGCUGUUUGUUGAGUAUGCAAGUAAGUACCUGAGUCAAAAGAAGAAUAUAAGGAUGGAGGUGUAUGACCAGAAGUUCAUGAAAGACAGUGGAAUGAAUCUAUUAUUAAGUGUGGCACAGGGAUCAGUACAGGAGCCAAAGUUUUUGGUUGCAAAGUAUCGUGGACGAGGAGGAGAUUCAGUAGAUGUGUCAUUAGUGGGUAAGGGAGUAUGCUUUGAUUCUGGAGGGAUUUCAUUGAAGCCAUCACCAAAGAUGAACCGAAUGAAAGGAGAUAUGCUGGGAGCAGCAUCUGUGCUGAGCGUGAUUGGACUUGCAUCUGACCUUGGGAUGAAGAUCAAUGUGGACAUUGCAAUACCUCUUGUGGAGAACAUGCCGAGUGGCACGGCUACUAAGCCUGGAGAUGUGUAUGUUGGAAUGAAUGGAAAGAGCGUUGAGAUUGAUAACACUGAUGCGGAAGGAAGGCUUAUUCUGGCAGAUGCACUUGUAUAUGCACAAAAGGCAAAUCCAUCGUAUAUAUUUGAUGUUGCAACACUAACUGGAGCGAUUUGUGUAGCUCUUGGUGACACAUACAUGGGAUACUUCACAAAGGAUGAUGAGCUGUCAAACAUGAUAUACCAAAGCGGUAUUGAGGCAAACGACCCUGCAUGGAGGAUGCCGCUCUCUAAGUUCUACUUGCAGCUGAUGAAGUCAAAUGUGGCUGAUUUGAAGAAUACUGGGGAAUCUAGGGAAGCAGGGUCAUCAACAGCAGCAAUUUUCCUGAAUGAGUUUGUUGAAAAGAAGUUUAAGUGGGCACAUUUUGACAUUGCAGGAGUUUCUGAAAGCAACGGGAAUAAGGCAGUGUUUGGAGAAAGCAUAACUGGAUGCUCUGUCCCAAUUCUGAUUGAGAUUAUUGAGAAACUGUCUCAGAAAAUCAAUUAA